AUGCAUCCCUUCGACAUGGGGAUGGUUCCCUACGAACGCGAGCCCUUCCCACGUCCGCCGUUCUUCCCUAAGCCACCACCACCACCAAGGAAACAGUAUGGGGUGGACAUCGCGACUGCUGUACUGGUUCGAAAUCUUGAGAGGCGGAAGGCUUACAUGGCCAGGGUUCUUCGCAACGAGCGCGGCCGAUUCGAGGCCACGGCCGAGUUCAAUCCGAGGAUUUUGACUGACCUGCUCACGAUGAUCAUGCGCCGAUUGGAUGAAGCCAUCUUCGGCAGCCGUAUCGGACCUGGCGCCCAUGUGUCGCUCUCAGACAACGAUGAGACCUGCGGCACCUAUUCAUCACCGGCGCUGCCAAGGACUCGAGGAGAAAUCAUCGUCCUUCGCAUGAACCCUUUUGUUUUGGCAGAUGCGGUCAUUGCGAAUCUUCUGCACCAGAUGAUUCACGCGUACUUUUUAUCGGUCUGCCCGGAAACCCAUGAAUCCGACCAGCCGGAUCUGCGUCUCGAACACGGCAACCAAUUUGCCAAGAUUAUGUACGAGAUCAGGGCGCUUUCAAGGAGCGCCUUCGGGAAGGAGUCGCCUCUCGGAAUGAGCAUCUCCUUGGACCGCAGGCAUUCAACGCACGAGACCAUGAAAUGGCAGCGAGGAAUCCACGACUCGUUUGACGAUAUCCGUGUCUAUCGCCGGAGAGUUCGUGAGGUCCGCUCGAAUUGUGCGGAAGAUCAGAAACCGAUCACUAGGUCCGAUGCCAACAAAUGGUACAAAGAAACAUGCCUUCCCAAGUUCGAGACGCAUUUGAAGUGCAAUUCCACCACCAUGACGAGGAUCGAUGAAGACUUAAACGAGACCGUUGUCCGCCGGACUCCCACCACCGAGUCAGACGAUGUGGAAUUCCUGUUUUUAGACACCAACUUCGUCAUCGACCGCGGCUUCAUAGAACCGCAUCCAAGCUUGAAAUGGAUCUUCAACGAUGUACGAGCCAUCUCCGCCCCCACAAUGGAUCCCCAAGUGUUUAGGAACAUGGUGCACUUCAUAAUUAAAGAGUCAUACUUCCCCGAUCACUCGAAACUGGUUCUCCCCGGCGCAGCGCCCACCGCAACCGCACCGCUGGCAGAUCCAUUCGCCAGUCAUAACCCAGACAUGGCGAAUGUGAUGGACCGUACCGUCGGACUACACUCGAAGUCAGUCCCUUUCCUACCCUUUAUUCCACCAACGUCGACACCUCAAAGCGGUCUUCCAAUCCCAUAUGCCGGCGUCCUACCCUUGAGCCGUACACCUCCGAUCGACGUCUGCCCCCCGAUCCUCCUCCCCAACAGCUUCUCUCCCGCCGCACCAAUGCCGCUGCUCGCGGACAUCCAAACUUUCCACCUUGCUGUCGCCCUCGAUUUCAAAGAGUUGCAAUUUUACGCCUUGGGACGGCUAGAAACGCCUCACGUGGUAUUCGACGAUCCGAUUCCUCUAUUUGAAGAAAUCUACCAAUCGGCGCUCAACCCUACUCCAUUCCUUCAACCGAGUUACGAACUUCGGGACUGGGCCCGCCGCUUCCUCGCUCGCCGCGACGAGACAACUCUGCGAGCUCAGGUCGGCUGCAGCGUCAAAAUCCAUAUGGAGAUGGCUAUGCGGGAGCUCUGGGACAAGGAUCCGCAUCGGUUCGAGGCCGAGUUCCCCAAAUCCCGACCACCGCCACCGAGGAUGAAGAUCGCUUCGGGACAAACACUGGCCCCGGGGAGCCUUUGGGCACUGACGCCACUGGCGAUCAAUCUCGCGCGACUGGAACAGCGGCCUGAGUUCUCGGUCAAGUGGAGGGAGUUGCAAACGAAAUACAAAGGGACGGUGCUAGAGGACGACAUUCGAACGGUUGCGGGCGAACUGCAAACAGUGCUAUCCAGCAUGCAUCAGGAAGCUGUGGCACAAAUGCAGUCUACAAUUGGUGCUGGGAUGGGUUUUCCCAUGGGAUUUGGAGGGGCUUCCGCACCAGGAGGCUGGCCGAACUUCAUGCCUGAAAUGAGAUGCGCACUGGGAAACCUAACCACAGGGCCCGUUGGACUGGCUCCUACUCCUGGGUUCAACAUGGCGCUGCCGGGGUUAGGCGGCAUCGGUUGGGUUACGAGUGACCCUCCUUCGCUAGAAUUGAUGAGAAUGAAGGAAGAAUGGAACUGGCCUGGACUAGGUCAUCUAGGAUGGCAUGAUGAACGAGAUGGCGUUCCGCUGGAGGAGAUGUAUUAUCCUUUCAGAUAA